UUAGCGCAAUGAUGAGUAAACAUGCGGAACUAUCAUGACUCAAGUCACAGCAGUUCGCCCAGGGUAUUCAUCGCGGAGGAUCAUGGUGGACUGUGGACUGUUUAUAUUUAUUGUCUACUUAUGAUUUCUCUGAAAGGACAUGGAUACAUUUUACUUGGACUACGGAGUAACCUGGCAAUGAUUACAGGGUGACGUGAAACAUUCCACUUUGCAGAUUCAAAACCAUGACUGUGUGGUUGAACGAGGCCAAGUGCUUUGCUUUGUGUAGUGUUGUGGUUCUGACAGUGGCCUCUACUGACCUUAAUCUCACAGGGGGUCCUCUUCCAGUGGCAUCGAGAGACGUGCUUACACUUUCCUGCAGUAGGACAACGAAAGAUGUCCCACCGUUAUUGGCAGUAAGAUGGUAUAGAAGCACAAAGGCGAUGUUUCAAACAGCUGGGGGACAGAUCCUCCCAGAUGACUCAAACAGAGAGGACUAUGAUGAAGUCUCAGGACGUGUCAAUGUGACCACCAACACACAAACACAUAAGGUGAUGCUACACACUGUCUCCACCCUGGAUGAUAGGUCUGUGUGGAGAUGUAGCGUGGACGACUACUACAGUAACAACAUCCGCGUUGUAGUCCUGGAUCCGACAACAGACGAAUCACCUGGUACUCCCAGCCUAUACCUUAUAGUGGGGUCCAGUGUUGGGCUCGUCACCUUCAUUGCCCUCAUCGUCAUUGCUGUGGUCUGGAUGAAACACAGUUCAGAGAACCCCAAAACUACAGAUGGAUACAUCACAGCCACUUUGGAAUCUCCCGAGAACAAUACAGAUGGAUACAUCACAGCCACUUUGGAAUCUUCCGAGAACAAUACAGAUGGAUACAUCACAGCCACUUUGGAAUCUCCCGAGAACAAUACAGAUGGAUACAUCACAGCCAAGCCACUUUGGAAUCUCCCGAGAACAAUACAGAUGGAUGCAUCACAGCCACUGUGGAAUCUCCCGAGAACAAUACAGAUGGAUACAUCACAGCCACUUUGGAAUCUCCCGAGAACAAUACAGAUGGAUACAGCUACACUGGAGUGAAUGAGAGAGAGGAACAAUACAAUAUAACAACGGGCUGUAGAUCACCAGCAGCUGACGGAAGAUCGCCAGGGACAUUUCCUCCGAAACUCUUACCACGAGGAAGUGACACACUUUCAGAAAUACUUUUCAGUGAUAGUUCAAUCACCGGUGUGUGUGUGUGCGCGUGCGUGCGUGCGUGCGUGCGUGUGUGUUUGGGAAAGAGAGAUUAGAGAUAGAGGGAGAUAUGUAUAAGUGGGAUGGUGGGUUUGUUUGGUUUUACGCCCCUUAUAGCAAAGUAUCUAGCAAUAUCACGGCGGGGGACAUCUGAAAUGGUCUUCACAUAUUGCCCAUGUGGGGAAUCGAACUCUGGUCUUCGACCUGACGAGCCAACGCUUUAACCAGAAGGCUAUCCACCUCCCCAGAUAUGUAUAAGUUAGAGGGAAUAACUAUCGAUAUAUAUAGAUCAUCGACAGGUGCCAAAUCGAUAAGACAGUCACGCCGGUCUAGAAUUUCGUUCUUUACAAACCAUUUUAAUUAAUGUAACUUAUCAAAAAUGUUUUCCCACUAUGUAAUCUCGAAAUAUAAAGUUUUAUGUGAACGUAUUUUUUACUUCCGUUAUGUUUCAAGAGCAAAUACGCGAUAGAAUGUGCAGCGCACUAGUUUUAGGAAUGUGAAACUGAGAUUAUUAUUAUAAAGUACGGAAACAUUUUAGGCCAGGGAUCCCUUAUUACAUAGCUUCUCUUUCUCCUGUAAUGUUUUAUUUUCAUUAAUACAGACAAACUAGGAAGUUUUGUGGCUUUGCCCAUCGUGACAAGUCAAUGCAAUGUGCAAUUCCGCCAUUGUUUAAACUUGGAGAGAAAUGCUCUUUAACUGUCAAUUGUUUCCGAAAGAGCACACAGUACCAAUCGGUUUUCAUUUAUAUUUUCAAAACAUUACUCUGGAAUGCAUUUUGUAGUUGGUUAGAAAGGAAUCUUCAUAUCACUAAAACAAUGUUUUAGGCGUUCAGUAUACAACUGGGGCGGUGGGGUAGCCUAGUGGUUAAAGCGUUGGCUCGUCACGCCGAAG